AUGACGGCAUCAAGCGGGAGCAACGUUCCACCCGCGAAACGGCGCAAGCUUGACCACGGAGCCAGAGGCGAGGCUGAAGGCACAGGUGUGACAUCUGCAAGCUUGAGCAGACCUGUCAGCCCGCCAGUGUCAAGACGCAAAUCGCCCACAUCAGCUUCGACAGCUUCAACAUCGCUGCUUGUACCUGCGCCAACUUGGGGUUUCGAUGACGUACCCAAACAAAUAUUGACGCCUCCACCUUCGCAACCACCGCGAGCAUCGAAGUCAGCCAAUCAGAAUACUGCAGCGCAAGAAGACGGAUUGAAGCCAAAGAGGGACCACAGGGUCGCUGGCGAUAACACUAAAUGUGUUCCUUCGCCCUUUCAACUCACCAAGAUUCGAGAUGUGGCGCCACAUCAAAAUGAGGGCACUGUUGAACUCAAGUAUAUCCUGGGUGAUCCUUUAAUCAAAGAAUGCUGGAACUUCAACUUCCUGUUCGACCUUGACUUUGUUAUGCAACAAUUCCAUGAAGAUGUCCGGGACAUGGUCAGGAUCAAAAUCAUACAUGGUUUCUGGAGACGAGAUGAUGAGCGGCGGAUCCAUAUGAUGGAGACAGCAGAACGAUACCCGAAUAUGGAACUCAUCAAUGCAUACCUACCAGACCCAUUUGGGACUCAUCAUUCGAAGAUGCUCAUUCUCUUUUGGCACGAUGAGCGUGCGCAAGUUAUCAUUCACACUGCCAAUAUGAUCUCAAAGGACUGGACAAAUAUGACGCAAGCAGUGUGGAGAUCGCCACUUCUGGAGCUCUCACGUGUGCCUCUGGAUAUGGGACCACAUGCUAUUGGCAGUGGUCUUCGGUUCCACAUCGAUCUACGUCGUUACUUACUCCAGUAUGAGAAGAAGUUGCAGAAGCUGGUUGGCCAGCUUUCCGCGUACAACUUCUCCCCCAUCAAAGCUGCGUUCUUGGGAAGCGCCCCAUCACGACAAGUCGCCAGUGAGGCAAAGCCAGUGCUUCAGACUUCUUUCGGCUGGCUGGGGCUACAGGAGAUUCUGAAUAGCAUACCUCUUACAGCUCGAAGGGACCCUAAGAAGCGACCACACAUCGUAUUGCAAGUCUCGUCAAUAGCAACACUGGGCGCAGCUCCAGCAUGGCUGUCACACUUCCAAUCCGUCCUCUCUCGUGCGCGCACUCCACAGCAGCUACCAAACGCCCCCAAGCCAAAGUUCAACAUCAUCUUCCCCACCGCAGAAGAAGUACGCACCUCCCUCGACGGCUAUGAGUCCGGCGGCUCGAUCCACGUCAAACUCCAAUCUGCACAGCAGAAAAAGCAACUACAAUACAUGCACCCUCUGCUUUGCCACUGGAAAGACUCUUCACCCUCCUCCCCCAGCAUGGCUCCAGAGACAAAGAGAGAAGCACAUCGUGGCCCAGCAGCACCGCAUAUCAAGACGUAUUUCCGUUUCGCAGACGAGACGCACAGAAGCAUCGAUUGGGCACUUGUGACCAGUGCAAAUCUGAGUAAGCAGGCGUGGGGCGAUGUGGUGAAUAAGCAGGGUGAGGUGAGGAUUCAGAGCUAUGAGACGGGUGUGCUGGUCUGGCCGGAUCUGUUCAAAGGCUCAGAUGAAGGGGAUGAGUCUGAAGCUACUAUGGUCCCGACGUUUGGAAGAGACAUGCCUGAUACCAACGACGGUACUGAGGAGGUACCAGAGUUGGAGCAGAACAUGGGACAUGGUCGAGCAGAUACGGAGGACGAAGAGACCGGAGACAAGAACCUUGGUCCCAUCGAUGACGACGAGGAAACGGAAGAUGAGGACGAGGAAUACCUUCGUUGCAGCAACGCGGUGCAGUCGAAGGGAAAAGGAAAGCUCGUUCUACGCAGCAAGAAGCGCAUCGUCAUCGGCCUGCGCAUGCCAUACGAUUUACCCCUCAGCCCGUAUGGCGCGAAAGACGUACCCUGGUGCGCGACCCAGACAUACACAGAGCCGGACUGGAAGGGCCGGACAUGGGGCGCCUUCCAACCCCGUUGA